AUGCGAGGACUCGAAGUUGCGAGAGUCAUUUGUUUCUUUUCAUUUAACCACAACUGGGAAGUGUAUCCAUGCGCUCUCAUACACUGGUUUGAGAAGAUCGGCGAUGAUCCUGAUGAAAACACUGGUAUGUGGAUGGUCGCUCCAAGCUUCCAUGAGGACGGCUCGAAGAAUAUUGCGGUUAUUCAUAUCGAGACGGUCUUCCGUGCAGCACACCUGAUACCUAUCUACGGUUCCGAGUAUAUUCCUCACACCCUCAAGUUUUACCAUUCUCUUGAUACUUUUGACUCAUUUUAUGUCAACAAAUAUGCUGAUCACCACGCCUUCGAGAUAGCGUCCUGA